UAGAUGCAGUAACAUGUUAUUCUUGUCAAAAUUUACCUCAUCCGGCUGACUGUGGGAAUAUUGUGGAAUGUGGAUCGCACGAGAUGUGUAAAACAGAACGGAUGAUUUCGCCAGAUGGAAUUACAUCAUUCAAUUCCAUGUGCUUUGAUCGAGAUCAAUGUAACCCGAUAUCAAUCGGUUUGGGUAAAAGACAGAAUUCAGCGAUCACAUGUCGACACUGUUGUAGUACGUCUUUCUGCAAUAAAGAUUUAUGUGAUGUACCAAAACAAGAACGUGGCAUCCGUUGUCUGAGCUGUAAUGAUGUACUUAAACCUUCAGACUGUAAAAAAGUGAAAAUUUGUUCACAAGAUUCUCAAUGCUACACACAAGCCUUUAGAUUCAAUGAAGAAGUUAGAUAUAGAUUAGGAUGUGCACCAAAGAAUGCAAGUAUAAAGAUCAAGAUUAUCUGUAUUUGAUAACAACAUUGUUGAUAAAAUAAUACAGAAAGUAUCAUUCCCGCAGGUAUAAAAAUUAAGGUUUUAUUACAUUGCUUUCAUUCCAUUGUGUCAGUGUUUUUAAUUUCCAUAGGACGUUUUGAAAUCUCAAAGUUAAUCUCAUAACAAUUUGGGGACUUGUAUAAACAAUUAAACAAUGAUAAAUAUAUCAACGAGGCGACAGCAAUCAAACGACACACAACAAUAUAGAGAUCAAACAACACUAGUACAAUACCGUAUGUUCGAAUUUUUCAGAGAAACAGUCAACUGUUUCAUUAAAUAAAUGGAAUCUGAGUUCGCCAUUUCUGAAUAUAAUGCAAUCUAGGUAAUUUUUUCAAAAGUGUAAUACAAAACGUUGUGAUUGGUUAAAAAGUGCUUUGAUGUAAUUUUCAUUUUGAGGUACGAACAAUAAAUUAAGCCAUACUCCUUUGGAUUCUGAAACAGAGAAAAAAGCAAAAAUACCAAAACUCCAAGGAAAAUUGAUAGAUUCUAACAAUGCAUGGUUAGCAUGGAAGAUGCUGUAAACGAAAUUUUUAACAGCGGCAAUUGAUUUUUAAAUUUUG